AUGUUCUUGCAAUUACUUUCGUAUGUUGGAGUUGUAUUGGGUUUCCUUUUUCUUGUCCUAGCUAUUGCGCUGGGCCUCUAUUAUAUUUCGGAAAUGGUGGAAGAACAUACCGAACCAACAAAACGCUUCCUCAAAAGAAUGAUACAAGCCAUCAUUGUGCUACUUAUCCUUUUGUGGCUAUUUGAUUCCUUUCCCUUCAAGUUGACUGCAUUCCUGGUUGUUUCUUACUUGAUUUACAUGCGGAACUUGGAGAAGUUUCCCUACGUGCAAUUCACGUCCCCCAUUUUUCUUCUUUCAUGUGUCUUGGUUAUUGCCAACCAUUUCUUGUGGUUUGAGCAUUUCCACAAUCCAUAUAUCCCACCAUUGGAUGUGAGGUUGAAUCCAGACUACCAACCACCACGAAUUCCGCUGUUCACAGAGGUUUGUUCCUUUUUUGGUUUGGUGGUGUGGCUUGUUCCGUUUGCUCUUUUCGUGUCCUUGAGCGCUCAUGACAAUUUGCUUCCUCAGCACAUGGAGAAUAAUCCAGAAACAAAGAAAAAGAACAACGGGUUGGCUAAAGUCGUUGUUGUGAAGAUAAGGGAUUCUGUAUUCGCAUUCAGCAGGAAGUUAGGCUACGAGUUGGACCGCCUGUAUGGUGUUAUUGCCUAG